AUGUGCAAGCUCUGCAGAGACGGAAAAUCGCUCAAUUGGAGGAGAAGCUGGAGGCCCUGGAGUCGGGCCGCGCAGUCAAGCAAAGGUGUGGCUGCUAUCGCACGCAGUAUUCAGUUGCAUUGCUCACCAUCUGUUAGGCAAACAAUCUGGUAUGUUGCUAAAGGAGGAGCAAUCAGGCGUGUUGUCGCCCUGUUCGAUAGUAUCGAGGACCUCGUCGCCGAAAACGACAGAAGAUAUGAGAUCGAAGACCAGGAGACUACCAUCGAACAGGAUCGACUUCAAAUAGGUUAUACUACCCUAACCAAAACGCUGCCGUGGUUCUACAAGAAGGGUUCAGAGAUGGAGUACGAGGAGUACAUGCACAUGUUAAAGAUGCUUCGACAGGGGGCUGAUGGCGCUCGAGGAGAUGACACUUCGAAACUGAAGACUCUCGUUUCGGAAUGGAUCAACCGUGAAUUUAAGCCGGAUUUUCCUGUUGACCAAGACGAUAAGCAUUCCCGUGGAUUCACCCAUGAUGUGUGUGGCAGGUUGCUCUGUCCGGCAGAGCUUGACUGGAAUAACCCAGAAGUAAGGGCAGGCAUCCGAAAUCGCUCAGAUGGGUAUAUCGUCACAGAUCUAUCCUUUCCCACUUACUUGUAUGAUAAGUACACUUCCAAUCCGGACGAUCUUGAGGAGGGCCUUUUCAAGGGCAAGAUUCUCAUUCAGGCCUACAAGGCUGUGUUCACGUCUCCUUCCUCAGCAAAAGACGUCGAAGGCGACGGCGACGGCGCGGAUCACAAAUCAUUCAUUUGGAGAAAGUCACUCCUCGCUCGAUCGCAUAUAUCACAUGUGCGAUUCGCACUUUCUUCAGUUACCUCCUGGCGGUCCAUGGAUGGCGACUUCGACUACCAACAAUUCUGGCAGACCAUCGUUGACUUUUUCGAAAGGGCCCCUGGUCGAGAAGCGCAGCGCAGGGUACAGCAACUUCUCGAAUGGUGGACUAGAAAAGUUUUUGGGAGGAAUCGCCGAGGCGAACUUAGCGACGCAAUGAAGGCCAAUAUGUCUGUCAACGCUCUCGUAAGGCAGAGAGCACAACGUGAUGACGCCGCGUUUGAUUCACCCUAG